UCAACAAACUCACGGCAAGGAGGGGACGACACUUUCUUCAUUUACCUCGAUGUAUAAGAAAAAUACAAAAGGAUACUGAAUUGGAAAGCAACGUGUGUGCAUUUGAAGGUCUUGAUGUUUCAUGGACUUUUCAACGUGGUGGAACACUCACUGUCAAUAGGCCCCAUGUCUUUUCUGCGUUGGGUGACGGAGAAACUGAGCGUGGAGAGCCUGAGGGAUUUGGAGUUGUUUGGAGAGCAAGCUCAGGCAAGCCCACACAGGAAACAUGCCCAUGAAGACAGCCAGGAGUCCCUGAGCUCUCUCCCUCGCAGGGACACCAUGGGAAGCUUCCAGCCGGACAGCGGCUGCUAUGAGCUCCUCACCAUCAUAGGUCGAGGGCUAGAGGACCUGAUGACUGUAAAUCUAGCCAGGUACCGACCUACAGGAGAGCAUGUGGCCGUUAGACGCAUCGACUUGGAGGCAUGCACCAACGACAUGGUCACUUACCUACAGGGGGAACUCCAUGUCUCCAAGCUGUUCCACCAUCCCAGCAUCCUUCCCUACAGGAGCAUCUUCAUAGCUGAGAAUGAGCUAUGGGUUAUCACACCCUUCAUGGCCUAUGGUUCUGCAAGAGAUCUCCUCAACAUCCACUUCAAGGACGGGCUGAGUGAGCUGACCAUCGCUUACAUCCUGCUGGGAGUCCUGAGGGCCCUCGACUACAUCCACCACAUGGGCUAUGUUCACCGGAGUGUGAAGGCCAGCCACGUGUUGAUCUCUGCUGACGGCCACGUGUACCUGUCGGGCCUGCGGAGCAUCCUCAGCCUCAUCCGUAACGGCCAGAGAGCGCGCGUCAUCCAUGAGUUCCCUCAGCACUGUGUCAACGUCCUGCCCUGGCUCAGCCCAGAGGUCCUGCAGCAGAAUCUGCAAGGGUAUGACUUCCGCUCCGACAUCUACAGCCUUGGCAUCACCGCCUGCGAGUUGGCCAACGGCCACGUGCCCUUUAAAGACAUGCCGGCCACACAGAUGCUGCUGGAGAAGCUGAACGGUACGGUGCCCUGCCUCCUGGACACCACCACCAUCCCCCCUGAGGAGCUCAACAUGAAGCCCUCCCACUCUGGUGCCGACUCGGGCAUCUGCGAGGGUCCCGGCGGGGGCAUGGCCCGACACGCCAACGGGGAGCCCUCGUCCGCAUCAGGGGGCCACCCCUAUAGCCGCACUUUUAGCCCACACUUCCACGGCUUUGUGGAACUCUGUUUACAGAGAGACCCCUUAAAGAGGCCCUCAGCUAGUACACUUAUAGGUCACCCCUUCUUCAAACAGAUAAAGCGGCGUGCCUGCGAGGCCCUCCCAGAGCUGCUGCGACCCGUCUCCCCCAUCACCAGCUUCGAGUACGCCCAGCCACAGGACUCGCCCUCUGGCCUGGCCAGCCUGGAGUCAGGCCUCAGCCAGCUGGACGUGGACGACUGGGACUUCUGACUACCAGUGGAGGACGCCAGAGACACAGGGAGAACUAGUGCUGAAAGGGGAAAAGGUUGACCGGACAGACAGAGGGGUUUGGAUGAACGGACAGACAGAUAGUUGGAAGUCGUGGAUCUGUUGGAGUUGUAGGGGCUGUCUGGAUGUGUGGUGACCGACCUCCUUGGGUUUGUGUACCCCACCCCCUCCUCCACCUCAUCCCUCUUUUGCGUGGUGACGCCCAGUGUUUAGUUGGACAGACACAGGUGGUGGGUGGUCUUGCCAUCCCCCAGCUGGUCUCGCUGUGCUAUCCUGACUCCUCUUGAGGCAGUUGUAUGAACUGGUUGCCUUGAAACAAAGACACUUUUUUUUUCUUUUUGUAUACGCACAAGGUUGCCAUUUCUGCUCUGUGUCAGUCACUGCUUGAGAAACCCACAGCCCAACAAGACAAAAUCAUGAUGAGGACAAUUAACGAGAGAAUUUAAUGGUGACGCUGUAUAUUUUAGCCACUGGAAAGUUGGAAGUGUGUGGUUUUCCAACGAGUUACACAACCAGUUGAACGGAGUUAUGAAUUUUUCUUUUUGACCCAGCAUUUCCCUGUCCUGUAGUGACUGCAUUACUGGAUGAAACUUGCAUAAUGGAAGACUGAACGACUUGUCAAUCUACUCCUGGGUAUUUUUUUUUUAUCCCAUCACAGCAUUUCAAUUAGGCAGUGACUUCACAUUCUCAUCUUACCAGCAGAUCAUGAACCACGGGGUGAGUGAAUGCGAAUCCGGUGUCCAGUGGACUUAAACCAAAGGACAAAAAAGGAGAGCCUGAAAUCAGCAAUUUGAUGUGAAGAAUGACUGAGGGAAGUAAAGGGUUUUGGUUUUUUGUAUUAUUAUUAUUAUUAUUAUUUCUAAGUGCACUCAAGCCUGCAGAUGGAUUGCAUUCAUUCAUUCGUUCGUUCAGCUGGAAUGGGCUUUUAUUGGAGAAAAGAAAUCUAGCUGGAGAGGUUGUGGUUCUU